AUGGGAAAAAACAAACGAUUAAAAUCCUCAUCCAAGAAAAUCAAAGGAGGUCGAGGUCCUGGAAAACCCAAACCAAGCGGAAUAUCCAAGCCAUCCAACACCAAAAAACCCAUCUCCAAUACAUCCUCAAAGACCAAAUCGCACAAACAAGCUCAACAUGUUACUCCUAUAAUUCCCUUUUCACCCAGCGAUUCCAUUCUUCUUAUCGGAGAUGGGGAUCUCUCAUAUGCGCGCUCGCUUAUAACACAUCAUCAUAUUGAGAAAUUGACCGCUACGGUCUAUGAAUCCUCAUUAGCUAUUCUCGAGGAGAAAUAUCCGCAGGUAUCUGAGAAUGUUAAGGAGAUAGAGGAGGGAGGGGGAGUUGUGAAAUAUGGUGUUGAUGCGAUGAAGAUGCGUGGUUGGACUACGGGGAAGAGUGGACGUGGGGAUGGGAUAAUGGAUAGAGUGAUUUUUAAUUUUCCGCAUGUGGGAGGCAAGAGUACGGAUGUUAAUCGCCAGGUUAGGUAUAAUCAAGAACUCCUCGUAGCCUUCCUCCGUAACUCAAUUCCCUCUCUUUCUCCAAAGAAAGGAUCCUCAAUAAUUGUGACACUUUUUGAGGGCGAACCCUACACGCUAUGGAAUAUCCGGGAUUUAGGACGACAUGCAGGAUUAGAAGUAGAGAGAAGUUUUAAGUUUCAGGCAUCUGCGUAUCCGGGGUAUAGACAUGCGAGGACAUUGGGGGUUGUGAAGGGUGGUGGUGGGUGGAAGGGAGAGGAGAGACCGGCGAGAAGUUAUGUUUUUGUGAGGAAAGGGGAGGGGGUUAAACAGGGGCCUGGGAAAGCAAAGAGGAAGAAGGGGGAGAGUAGUGAUGAGGAUAGUGAGGGUGAGGAUGAGGAUAUGGGUGACCAGGAGGAUGAAGGAGAUAUUGAGGCGGAGAUGGAUGGGAAGAACAGGAUGGAAGAUGAUGGAUCAGAUGAUGAAGAUGAGGAAGAGGAUGAUGAAGAUGAGGAAGAGGAUGAUGAGCCUACGAACCAAGAUUGGACCGAGACGAGAUGA